AUGGCGGGCAAAAUGACCAUGUAUAAGCUGGUGGUGCUGGGAGACGGAGGCGUGGGCAAAACAGCGCUAACCAUCCAGCUCUGUUUAAAUCAUUUCGUCGAGACAUACGACCCAACAAUCGAAGACUCGUAUCGGAAACAAGUCGUCAUUGACCAGCAGUCGUGCAUGCUGGAGGUUCUGGAUACCGCCGGGCAGGAAGAAUAUACCGCGCUCCGGGAUCAAUGGAUUCGCGAUGGCGAAGGCUUCGUGCUCGUCUACAGCAUCACCUCGCGCGCCUCGUUCAGCCGCAUCACAAAGUUCUACCACCAGAUCCAGCGCGUCAAGGAAUCCACCAACUCGGGCUCGCCCACCGGCGCCAGCUAUCUGAACUCUCCGCUGUCUGCUGCGUCGGGCGUCCCGCUGGGCCCGGCGCCGGUGAUGCUGGUCGGCAACAAAAGCGAUAAAACCGUCGAACGAGCCGUCUCUGCGCAGGAAGGAUCUGCGCUGGCGAAAGAGCUGGGCUGUGAGUUUGUGGAAGCCUCGGCGAAGAACUGCAUCAAUGUGGAGAAGGCGUUUUAUGAUGUGGUGCGGCUCCUGCGCCAACAAAAGCAGCAGCAGCUUGGCGGUGGUCGACUACAAGAGCGACGAACAACGGGCUUCCCAGGACAACAUCGAGACCGGGAAGCGAAUCCGGAAUACCCCAAAGCGUUCCGAACCGACCGCCCUCGCACACACCGCGGCGGUCUCCGGUGUGUGAUUCUAUAA